CGUAAAUGUUUUUGCUGCAGUAUACCUUUCCUGCUGCAGCUUCCCAACAAUAACAUUGAAAGAGGGGAAGGGUCUUGACAGGAGGCUGCUGUCUUUUAGGAGAGCUGGGUCCCUGGAUGUCAGAGCUGAGGGGGCAUGCAAACCAUGUGAGUAGCAGCCCACACCAGGCCCCGAGGUCUGCUAUAACAUGCAGUAGGGAGUUCACUCCAUCGUCCGCACAGGCUGGCCACUUUCACUUUCUGUUCCACUUCCUGGCUGCUUGUGAUUUAUGACAUGAAGCUGUUCUCCAUUCUCCCUGCGCUCGAGCCCUCCCCCUCUACAACAUGCUGAUGCAGGACCUUGAGUGUGGUCAGAGCAGGCCGACUGUGCCAAAAAUUGUAACAAGUAACCCAAGUAUUUAAUAAUGGAUGACCCACAUUACCGACCCCCUGGACGUACUCUGUUGAACUGUUCCAGCACUGAUCAACUCUGCCUUGUAGAGACGUAUCAGUAUGAAGUGAUUGUGGUCCCUGUCUUCCUAGUUGGGAUUACUGUGAUUCUGCUUGCCAUUAUUCUGUAUUUCCGGUAUCGUGGGAGGAAAUCUAAAAUGAAGCAUCUGCAAGAUCAGCUGUUCCAGGACAGCAGCAGAGGUGUCAACUUAGGGAUCUCUCUAGAAGAAAUGUCAAUGGAGACUGUGCUGAAGUCACGAGAUCCCAGUUUGUUGGCUCUAGAGACCCCAUGGGAGAGUAUCAGCAAUCCCCUACAGCCGAUAGGGGAAGGAAGGUUUGGUCCACUUUAUAAGACAGUGCUGACAGGAAGAGAUGGAAGUCAAGGCAGAGAUGUUGUUGUUAAACAACUGAAAGGCACCGCUGAGCCAAAUGAUGUCCGUGAUUUCCUGCAAAGGGCAGAAUUUCAGUUGUGGUUGGGCCCACACCCUCACCUGGUGGAGAUUAUAGGGUGCCGCUCUGAGGCAAAGCCAUUUUGCAUGGUGCUGGAGUGCGUGCAACCAGGAUCAUUUUUGCAGUUUCUCUGGAACUGCCGUAAGGAUGUCAUAUCAAUGGAUGGGCUACUCUAUGACAUCACCGAGUGCCAAGUUUACAUCAUUGCACUACAGAUACUUUCAGGGCUGGAGUUCCUGCAUGAGCGUGGUCUGGUGCAUGGGGAUGUAGCAGCUCGGAACGUCAUCAUCCAUCGGAAUUUUACCACAAAACUCACUGGUCUGGGUGGGGCCUCUGAAAUGCAUUUUAGGGGAUCCUUUCCCAACCGACGUCCUACCCCAUUGAAAUGGAUGUCUCCUGAACGCCUCCUUCACUUACCUGUUGCAGACAAAUCUGAUGUGUGGUCCUUUGGAAUUCUCCUGUACGAGAUUAUAACAUUGGGUGCUCCCCCAUACCCUGAGGUUCCUCCUUCCCAAACCUUGCAACACCUGCAGCGUGGUAACAUCAUGAAGAGACCGUCCAGCUGCAAACAAACUUUAUACAACAUUAUGAAGUCUUGCUGGGCCUGGAGGGCUGCCGACCGGAUUUCCCUUUCGGAACUGCACAAACGACUGGAGAGUGGGAAGAAGACCUCCAAUGAUAGGACAGUGCUACAGGUCCCCGAAUUGGUUGUACCAGAGCUAUAUGAGGGUGUCGCCGGGACAGAAGCUGUCAAAAUGGAAACUGACUACACGGUCCUUUGACAACAAAGUCUUGGAAGACAUCUUUAGCUGGACUCAUAUUAAUAGACUUGAAAAUUAUUUAUUUAUGUGGAUGAAGAAAGAAUUUUUUUUUUUUUUAAUAAAGGGCUAUUAUUUGUCUCACUAGAUGUUACUCAUUGUGAGAGACAAGUAUAGAAACAUAGUCCUCUAAUCAUGGGAAUGUUACAUUAACAUUUUUGAAACCUUUGCCAAUGGACGAAGAAGACAGAAAACAUUGUCCUGUGUUUACAAUAUUUUCUAUUAUUACAGAUGCAUCGGGGAAAACUGGAAACCAUGCCCUGCUGUCACAAAUGUCAGCAAAUUUUCUUUUUCAUCUAUGUUUACUUUUUUUUUUUUUAACCUUGAAACUUAGUGGAGAUUAAUCAAAGAUUGUGGAGAGCUGAAGUGAAAAGAGAUAAACACUAACCAAUCAGAUCCUGUCAUUUUACUCCUGUCAGGCUGUGUUCCAAAAAUAAUAGGAGCUUAUUGGUUGGCACUUUUUCACCCUCUCGCUCUCCACACGCAACCUUUCUCCAAGAUUUUAUAAAUCUCUCCCUAAGAUACAUUUGUCUUGAAGAAAAAGCAUUGGAUCAAAUGUAUAAAUAUGCAUACUUCUUUAACAAUUGCAAAUAACCGUUUUGUCCUGUUUUUCUUUUCUUUUUUGUUCAUAAUGUGUCCUCAAGAUUUCAAUGCAUGAAUGACCCCUGCAGUUAUUAAUAAUUCAGGUUAAGAUAACUUUAAAUCCUCUAUAAUGCAUCUGUUUCAUUGGUGGUAUGCAUUGUUUGUUUGUUUUUUAAGUUUUUGGGGAAAAUUAUAGUAUGAAGUCAUAUAUUCCCGACAGAAAUCCAUUUUGCUAUAAAUCUAUUCUUACUUGGAGGAUGUUUUACAGAGUAAUAAAGACACAUCCGCAUACAGGGGUAGUAGCCAUUUUGUUUCACCAAGUACCAUUUUAAUGUCACUGAAGAACAACUUACAGUACUUUAAUGGUUGUACUUGAACAAAACACUAGCAAUAACUAUAUAGGAGAACUACUGCACUACAUAGGAAGUGACAUACAUGACGAGAUAACUCUGAGAGACAGUGGAAUGUAUUAUUCAGAACCUCUCAUAAUACUACCAGUACCUCCAAUUUUAGAUAAUGGUCAGUUGCUGGCAACCAGGCUUACUGAGGGGUCAUGUAAACUUCCCAAUCUCUCUGGCUACUGUAAUUGGUCAAAUACACAUAUGCAGAUGAAAAUUGCACCUUGUUAUGUAUAUAUACAUAUUGUAUUUUUAAUAAAAAUAUAUUUGCUAUAGAAAGAUUAAAAAAUUCUGGAACAAAGUCUUGAAUUACAUAAAUACUUUGCUUCACACUUCCCUUCCUUUAGACCCUUUGGCAUGUUUAUGUGCAAAUUUUAAAAAUUGGAUUAUUAGAUUUCAUCUGUCAGACUAUAUCCCUUUAAUAACCAUAAUAGUAACUGUGGCAAAGAAAAUUAUCUUAAUACAUUGGAUAUAUAGGUCAUCUCCUUUUUUGCAAGAAGUCAAAAUCAAACUACUUCAGCUUUUGUACUUCGAUAGGAAGGAUACCCUGUCUGAUAUAGAUAAAUACAUAGACAAAUUUUAUCAGAAAUGGUCACCAUUUAUUGAUUCGCUUAAUAUAGAAACACAAAAGCGCAUUAUGCAAGUUUUUGAAAAUUCUGAAUGGCAAUUACUUCGUAACAUUGCAAAUUCUUUUAAUCUUUUACCUCUCCCUUGGGCUGUGGCCGGAAUUGACUCUUUGUUUAUUUACCCCUUUUUGAUGUUCGGAGCUUUAUUUAUAGGAUACUUGGUGAAUUGCUGCUACUCUCCCCUCCCCCUCACCCUCUUCCUCCCCCAUCUCCUAGGCGUUUAGGGUUGUUAUUAUUUUAUUACUUUGUUUAUACAUAUCCGGUAUACUUAGAUAGUGAACAUUUAUUUUCAGAGUCAUAUCCUUACGUCUAUUAUAUAUAUAACAUGGGUUAGAUACGGGUAUCUAAUAGGAACUGGUUCUUCUGAUUUGUAUUAGAGAUAUCUCAAACAGUUUAUGCAGUUCCUGCUCGAUUGGUAUUGUUAAAUACCUGUUUAUCUAUACUUCCUUGUAUCUUUUUCAAUGUACGACUUUGACUCUGAAUUUCUAUGUCAUAUCAUAUAAUAUUUUGUGAU